AUGGAAUGCAUGACCGACAGCGACAACGGCGCAACUGAGAGAUUUUCUGGAAGGGUCGAGGAGAUCUGGGAGAUUGACUACUCUGGACUGCACAACACGACGAUGUUCCAUAGCCCUGCCCUCGCCGCGCCCCUGAGCUCGCCCCCAACCCCGGCGCUCUCCCCCGACCCCGGCCCCGACCCCGACCCCGUCCCCGGCCCCGGCUCCGACCCCGGCGCUCGCCCCGACCCUGGCCCCGACCCCAACGCGCCACGCUUCCCUCCUCUGAUUCCUCCCCUCCCAACCUCGGCCGUCAUCGGGCCUACCUCCUCGCCCCUGCACCCUCUGUAA